AUGAAAGGCUUGCAGGAGGAUACACGGGGCAAGGACGAGGCGGGCUCGGCGCCCAGCACGCCGUCCACGCCGUCCGUGGGCUCGCCCGCCUCCUCCUCGUCCGCCGCCUCGCUGCCCGCCGCCAAGAACCUCUGCUCCAGCUGCGGCCUCCAGAUCCUCGACAGGUACCUGCUCAAGGUGAACAACCUCAUCUGGCACGUGCGCUGCCUGCAGUGCUCCGUGUGCCGCACGUCGCUGCGCCGCCAGAGCAGCUGCUACAUCAAGAACCAGGAGGUCUUCUGCAAGGUGGACUACUUCAGUCGGUUCGGCACCAAGUGCGCCCGCUGCGGCCGGCAGAUCUACGCCAGCGACUGGGUGAGGCGAGCCCGCGGCAACGCCUACCACCUCGCCUGCUUCGCCUGCUUCUCCUGCAAGAGGCAGCUGUCCACCGGCGAGGAGUUUGGGCUGGUGGAGGAGAAGGUGCUGUGCCGGAUCCACUACGACACCAUGAUCGAGAACCUCAAGCGGGCGGCGGAGAACGGCAACGGGAUCACGUUAGAGGGAGCUGUCCCCUCUGAACAAGACAGCCAACCGAAGCCAGCAAAGAGGGCCCGGACGUCCUUCACAGCAGAGCAGCUGCAGGUCAUGCAGGCACAGUUCGCUCAGGACAACAACCCCGAUGCACAGACCCUUCAGAAGCUGGCGGACAUGACGGGGCUGAGCAGGAGAGUCAUUCAGGUUUGGUUUCAAAACUGCAGAGCACGCCAUAAAAAGCACACGCCCCAACACACAGUGCCACCUUCGGGAGCCCCCCCAUCCCGGAUCCCUUCCUCGCUGUCUGAUGACAUCCACUACUCUCCCUUUAGCAGCCCUGAGAGGGCCAGGAUGGUAACACUGCACGGCUACAUAGAAAGUCAGGUACAGUGUGGGCAAGUGCACUGUAGACUUCCUUACACUGCUCCACCAGUGCACCUCAAAGCAGACAUGGAAGGACCGCUAUCUAAUAGGGGUGAGAAGGUCAUCCUAUUUCAGUAUUGACUGCGCGAACUCUUCCUCAUCUGUCCAUGGCGCUACCAGCACCACUGCCCCUCAGUCGUUGAAAUACUGUGACCAGUCCAAGGCAACUAGGAUCAGUCAUGCUGGAGAAAGUCCAUUCCCGCAUUUCUGUUAUUCCCACCGACCAGCACCUAACAGCCGGUAUUUUCCCCUGCCAGCAGCACAGUGUGUGUGUGUUGAGUGCACAGUUGCAUUUUCACUUGUUUCUUGUGGACUUGUAGAAUGACAGUGAGUCUCCCUGAGGUGAUGCCAUGCCUAGCCAAAAUUAGUGACGACUGCACUUACACCAUUCUUGCUUCCAAAAGGACAGAAAUGGGGAGAGAGCUAUUGAACACUGAGCCAGGGGUAGCUCUGAUCGUUACCUUCUAAAAUAGAGAGGAGAAAUGAAAGGGGUUCAUUGGAUCGUUUUGCACCAGUGAAACCGUUGAAUCCAGUGGUCCACUCCUUUCUUCUGCAAGCGAGAGAGAGAUCUGACAUGGGCCCGUAGCCUCAGCUGCUCGGCACUUGGGCAGAACCUCUGGUUCCACGUUCUCUGAUUGUUGUAAUGCCAUUAAAUCAACAGAAAGUAUGCCAGCAGGGAAUAGAGCCCUUUGUCCUCAAAGCGCUUUAAAACCACAAAUCCAGGAACCGUCCCUGGAAGGUAAGUCCACUUUCAUAUCCCAGAUUUAGCAGGUUGGGAAACGAAGACAGAGGUUGGGUAGCUCAGCCAAGGCCACUGAGGGGAGUGGGUGUCAGAGGCAGGUGAGCGCUCUGCACAGCUGCCGACUGCCUCCCAGGGCUUUAAGCAAAAGACCCAGCUGUCUUCAGUGACCAUCAGCCCAGUUUUCAUGUCUUCCUCCCAGCUGGCCUGCUCCUUGUUCACCUGGAGUCAUGAAUGGGGGAUUCCAGCUCGUACCUACCCCAGACUGGGACCGGGAAGCUAGGCAUCUCUCUGGUUGGAUCCCAGCUGCAAGCUGGGCUGUGAACAUAGAGGGUUUAGUUUGCUUGGGUGCAGACCCUAGAGAGACCUUAGCAGCAAAUGUGUAGCCCGUGAAAGUGGUCACUGGGUUGCUGGACCUGUGGGCACAGGCGCAGUAGGAACUGAGGCUGUGACUUCUCUUUUUUUUCACUUUUGAUUUUUAAAAACAGAUAAAAACAACCUGGUUUAAAGAGUGCCUGCAGGCCAGGUAGGAAGAGCCCACGGCUGCAAGCAUGCAGCAGGCAAGGACAGAGUGUGCAUGGGUUGUUUAAAGGCCAGGCAAGUUGAUCCGGCAGCUUCUUUUGAUGCUUCCCUCUGUCUUUGUGUUGCAAGCCAUUGCUGGCGUGUCCCCGCUCCUGCUCAGAGCUCGCCAAGGAGAGCAGGCUGCUUGGGCUAAGACGGUCUGAAGUGACAGCUUGCAAAGGGCCAGGCUGCCCUCUCCCGUGCUGGCGAGUGCUUGUGCAUGUGGGCGGUCUCACUGCUAUGUCUCACUCUGGGCCGGAGAAGAAACUCUGAAAUAGCGUUUCACAGGCUAGCGUUGCUAUAUUUGCUGUCUCCUCUUGAUUUUCUCGUAGCUGCUAUGUAACAGCUUCUCUCUCGGUGAGUGGCCUGAGCUGCACAGACCAGCGCCGGCCAGACUUGCUGCCUGUUGGGGUUUUUUUUCAGCUCAGUCUUAAAUACCCAUUCUUUGCGCUCUGGAAAUUCCUGGCUCAGUUCCCUAUGUGGGUUAGGAUGGCUGUCGUGCUAGCAUUGGGCAAGCCAUAGUCAAACGUGGCACAAUGUCUCUGGGAUAUGCCCCAUCACCUCACUGUGCGUGAGCUUCCUGGGCACGUGGCUCUAGCUAUAGCGAGGAGUGCUUGCCACAGGGACUUCAUAUAGCAAAUUGCAGAAGCAGACAUGGAUUCUGUCGAGGUGACCGUUAAGAUCUUCUGACCUGAGAAGUAACUGAGCUGAGAAAGGAGGUGAACAGAUAUUGGCCACAUCUACAUGAGACAUUUACUGCAGAGCAGACUACUGAGCUUCACAGUGUCUUGCAUCUACACGUGCAGGGCUAUCAGGCUAGAGUAAACUAAUGAACUUGUGAAUACAAGUACGACCUUGCUGCGGAGUUUUUUUUACUCUGCAGCAAUGCAUGUGUAGAUGCCGACCCGGCUGGCUGGGCCAGGAGGGUGCUUCAGUGCGGGGACUGCCUGCCAUCUUGCCCCCCACUGGAGCCCCCCAUGCCCCAGCUAGCCCCUUUGUGGCAUGUUGGGCGGGGUUGGAGCAGCUUCAGGCUGGCAUCCUGACUCCAGGGCCCCCUGCCAGCUGGGGCUGCUGUAACCUGGCUCAAUAUGCUGCAGUUCCAGGCAAACGUUCAAACAGCGCACCCAGGAGCAAAAAACUCCAGCGCAAAAAAAAAAA